CAGUCCUUGUAUUGGAGACUGGAAACACACCCUCUCACACAUCUCUAUCUCUCUUCCAAAUUCUUCCAAUAUUUUUUAAAAUUCCAAGCUUCAUUUCCUCACUCCCCCAGUAUUUAUAUCCCCACACCCACAUGGGCAAAACUUUAAGAAAACUCAACCCCAUUUGUUUUGAGUUUCUCCAUUCAGCCUAAUUCUUGGAAGUUCAGGGUGUCAGAUUCAGAAACAUAGAAAAUCAAGAAAUUAGAAACUCUUUGUGAAGAAGAAGCAAAAUUUCAUCUUUCUUUAGCUCAAUAGCUUUGGGAAUGGCGAGGGAAUGAGCUGAAAUUUCUUAGAAUUGCUAUCUUGAGUUGGAUGGAUUUUGUGGGAGCUGUGCUUCAAAGGGCAAAAACUAGGAAAACUAAAUGCUGUUGUUGUUUUGAUUACAGAAGAAGACAACACCAAUGCACACAAACAGAAACACAAGGAAAUCUCUCAACCAUGGAUUCUAGCUUCUCCAAAACCUCCCCAAUCAUUCCCAUUUUUGUAUUCUUUCUUCUCGUUUCUUCUUCCAUUUGUCCUGUCCUUUCGUCGGAAUCAAGCAACCUCCAUGCCACCAAUCAAACUUUCCAACCGAAAGAAGAAUUACAGAAGUUAAAGAUAAUAAGAGAACAUCUCAAGAAGAUCAACAAGCCCGCUGUUAAGACAAUUCAGAGUCCUGAUGGAGACAUUAUAGACUGCGUAUUAUCUCAUCAGCAACCAGCUUUCGAUCAUCCUAAAUUAAAAGGACGGAAACCAUUGGAUCCACCUGUGAGACCAAGAGGACAUAAUCUGAAUAACAUGGUGGCCGUAGAUUUCCAAUUAUGGAGCUUCUCCGGCGAAUCAUGUCCGGAGGGAACAAUUCCAAUCAGAAGAACAACAGAAAAGGAUAUGUUACGAGCGAGUUCUUCAACAAGAUUUGGAAGAAAAGCAGGAAGACAUGUUAGAAAAGAUUCAACUAGCAGUGAUCAUGAGCAUGCAGUUGGGUAUGUUAAUGGACAACAAUAUUAUGGAGCAAAAGCUAGCAUGAAUGUGUGGUCACCCAUGGUUGCAAAUCAAUAUGAAUUCAGCCUAUCACAAAUGUGGAUCAUCUCUGGUACAUUUGGGGAUGACCUUAACACCAUUGAAGCUGGCUGGCAGGUUAGCCCAGAGCUGUAUGGGGACAACUAUCCUAGGUUCUUUACAUAUUGGACAUCGGAUGCGUACCAGGCCACAGGAUGCUAUAAUUUGUUGUGUUCAGGCUUCGUUCAGACCAACAAUGGGAUUGCAAUUGGAGCAGCAAUAUCUCCAACAUCAUCAUACAAUGGGGGACAAUUUGAUAUCAGCUUACUUGUUUGGAAGGAUCCAAAGCAUGGAAAUUGGUGGCUGGAAUUCGGAUCCGGGAAUCUAGUUGGGUACUGGCCAUCAUUUCUGUUUACCCACCUUAGGGAUCAUGCAAGUAUGGUUCAAUUUGGGGGAGAAAUUGUAAAUUCAAGAGAAGGAGGCUUUCACACUUCAACCCAAAUGGGAAGUGGGCAUUUUGCAGAAGAGGGUUUUGGAAAGGCCUCCUAUUUUCGGAAUUUGCAAGUUGUUGAUUGGGAUAAUAACUUGAUACCCCCCUCAAAUUUACAAGUCUUGGCAGAUAAUCCCAAUUGUUAUGAUAUACAAGGAGGAAUUAACAGAGUUUGGGGGAAUUAUUUUUACUAUGGAGGUCCUGGAAGAAACGUCAAGUGUCCCUAAAGGGAAAGGUAUAGAGUCUAAGGUUUUCAUUUUUCACAUUUUGGUCCCUUAUAAGUUAAUAUAUAGUUUUUUUUUCCCCUAAUGGUUGGGUGAUUUGGGUUAAGAAAGUUUGGGGUAUUCUUAGAAUUACUUUACCUGUUAACCCAUUUUUUUUCCUUUUUAUAAAUGUCAUUUCGACUAACAGUUGAUCCAUUGAUCACACUACCUUUAGGGGCUUAUGUAAAUGUUGGGGGAAAAAAAGAACGAUGAAAUU